AUGUCAACAAAUAUUUAUUCGUACGACUUCACCCGGGGAGACAUUUACCUAUCCAAAUUCACCAUAGCGGCCUACGAUCACCUGUACAAGCUCCCGUAUAUCGAUCAAGCGGUGGUUGCUAGCCGUCGCAAUCUGUCGCUCUUCGCGAGUCCGUGGUCGUCCCCUGACUGGAUGAAAACCAACGACAACAUGGUCGGCGUCGGAACAAUACUGCCCGAGAUGAUGAAAGUGUACGCUGAUUACUUAAGCCGGUUUCUUCGGGAGUACGAGUCGUUUAUGUUCCACGGGCGCAUGUGGGGUCUGACGACCCAGAGCGGCCCGGUGCGAAGCUGCAGUAACGACAGUCUCCCGGAGUAUCAAUCCGUCUGCUGGUCCCCUCAGAACAUGAGCGACUGGAUCAAAUACGACCUAAAGAGGUCGCUGGAGGAUAACGGAUACGGCCAUAUCAAGUUGUUCACUAUGGACGACAACCUGGACGUACUUGACAACUGGAGACGCGCGUUUGACGCAAUCUCUCUGAACCUCGUGGACGGAUUUGCCGUACAAGGUUAUCACGACAACGUCAGUGACGACAACACGACAAAUUACAACAACGCGUCUUCGCCAAUGUGCGAUAUGUUCUCACUUCACCCCGACAAGAUUCUCCUAGGCUCGGAGUACUGUAUAAGGUCCAGAACGGAACUGGGCAGCUGGGAAAGAGGCGCGGACCUUGCCAAGCACGUGUUCCACACGCUUCAGAACUGCGGAUCGGGGUUCACGCACUAUAAUCUAGCCGUGGACUUGGAUGGUGGGCCGAGUUGGGUAUACAAUUACGCCGAUAGCCCGAUAGUGGUGGACGCAAAGCAAGCAAAGGGGGGCGUACCUGUAUUCUACAAACAGCCGAUGUUUUACACAAUGGGACACUUCAGCAAGUUCAUAACAGCCGGAUCGGUCGCCAUUGAAAUGUUCACUCUCGAAGAUGUGCCGGCGGGGAUUUAUUCCGUCGGAUUUAUGCGACCGGACAAUUACAUCGUCGUCGUCGUCGGCAAUUUCGGCAGCAAAGAGAACAUCGUGGGUUUCAGGGACAGUCGGUACUAUUUUGAGUUCUCAAUGGAGGCCAGUUCGAUACACACUUUUAUUUGGAUGCACACGGCCGAUGCUUAG